UCGAGUUGCAGUGUGUAUCGUCUCUCUGUCUGUGUUCAUACAGUGAAAUGGCAGAAACUAAUAUAUCAGUGGAUCAGGACCAGUUAAUUUGUCCAGUGUGUCUGGAUCUGCUGAAGGAUCCAGUGAUGAUUCUCUGUGGACACAAUUACUGUAAGAAAUGCAUCACAGACAUCUGGGAUCAGGACGAUCAGAAGGGAAUCUACAGAUGUCCUUUAUGCAAACAGUCCUUUACACCAAGACCUGUUUUAGGUAAAAACAUGAUGGUUGCUGAAAUGGUGGAGAAGCUCAAGAAGAAGAGGCUCCAAGCUACUCCUCUUCCUGAUCCUCCUGCUGAUCCCCCUGCUUCUGUUCAUACUGGAUCUGGAGAUGUUCAGUGCGACUCCUGCACUGAAAUUAAACAGAAAGCAGUGAAAUCAUGUCUGGACUGUCGAAGCUCUUACUGUCAAAAUCACCUUGAACAGCAUGAGAGUCUCUUCAAAGGUAAAAAACACAAUCUGAUGGACGCCACUGGACGACUGCAAGAGAUGAUCCUGCCUAUAACCUUACGCUCUGCACAGACAGCAGUGGAGGACAGUGAGAGGAUCUUUACUGAACUCAUCCGCUCCAUUGAGAAACGUCGCUCUGACGUGACACAGCUGAUCAGAGAUCAGGAAAGAGCUGCAGUGAGUCGAGCCGAAAUAAAACUGGAGCGACUGGAGAAGGAAGUCAAUGAGCUGAGGAGGAAAGAUGCUGAGCUGAAGCAGCUUUCAGAGACACAGGAUCAUGUUCAUUUCCUCCAGAGUUUGUCGUCUGCCACUGUCUCUCUCUCUGGAUCUACAGACGGCUACAGUGUCAGUCCUCAUCUCUCUUUUGAUGAUGUAAUGAAAUCAGUUUUUCAACUCAGAGACAAACUGCAGCAGUUCUGCAGAGAGACAGAAAAGAUAACUGAAACAGUGAAAACCAUUCAGGACAUUAUUGCUCCUGAACAUGAGACCAGAGCGGAGUUUCUACAAUAUUUCCAUCCAUUCACAUUGGAUUCGAACACAAUAUAUUCAAGUCUCCGUCUGUCUGAGGACAACACAGUGAUCACUUCCACCAGCUGUAAUUACAGAUAUCCCAAUCAUCCCGACAGAUUUGACUAUUGGAUAGAGGCCUUGUGUACAGAGAGUGUCAGUGGACGCUGUUACUGGGAGGUUGAGUACGGCGGUAAUGAAGGUGUCCAUAUAGCAGUGGCAUAUAAGAGCAUCAAGAGGAAGGGAAAGAGUGGUGAUAGUCGAUUUGGAUAUAAUGAUCAGUCCUGGAGAUUGUACUGCUGUAACUCCAGUUGCUCAUUUAGACACAAUACCAUACGGACUGUGCUCCCUGUGGUGUCCAGCCGUAAAAUAGGAGUGUAUGUGGAUCACAGCGCAGGAACGCUGUCGUUUUUAAGUGUCUCUGACACAAUAAGUCUCAUCCACAGAGUCCAGACCACAUUCACUCAGCCCAUUCACUGGGAUUGGAUUGCAAAAUAAAACAACAGUAAAACUGUGUCGUCUAAAUAUGUAAAUAUAUAAUAUUGCCAUAUCACAUCUAAGCAUUGUGAAUUUCUAAUUAUUUAACAGCUAAUAUCUCAGUUGUGAUAAUAGUUUUAGCAAAUUAAUCAAAAGAUGUUUAUGUAU